AUGACCACGAGAACAGCGUUGUGUCUUCUGGGCCACGUCCUCCUCGCCGUCGCGUCGAUAGCGGCGGCGGCGGCCAGUGACGCGGGCAAGAUCGGCAUCUGCCACGGCCGCGUCGGCAGCAACCUCCCACCGCCGUCGGCCGCGGCGGCGCUGCUCAAGCAGAACGGGAUCACCAGGGCGCGGCUCUUCCUUCCCGACCCGGCCGUGCUCCCGGCCUUCGCCGCGGCGGGGAUCGACCUCAUGGUGGGCGUGCCCAACGAGAACCUCACCUUCCUCGCCGCGUCGGGGCCCGAGGGCGCGGCGCGGUGGCUGCGGUCCGCGGUCCUGGCCCACGCCCCCGCCGAGCGCGUCCGGUACCUCGCCGUCGGCAACGAGGUGCUGUACAACAACCAGUUCUACGCGCCGCACCUCGUGCCGGCCAUGAGGAACCUGCACGCCGCGCUCGCCGCGCUGGGGCUCGGCGGCAGGGUCAAGGUCUCCUCCGCGCACGCCUCCUCGGUGCUCGCCGCCUCGUACCCGCCCUCCGCCGGCGCGUUCGACGCGGCCUCCCUCCCCGUCCUCCGCCCCAUGCUGCAGUUCCUGGCCGACACCGGCGCGCCCUUCAUGGUGAACACCUACCCUUUCAUCAGCUACGUGAACGACCCAGCCAACGUGCAGCUCGCGUACGCGCUCUUCGGCGCGGGCGCCGCGCCGGUGCACGACGGCGCGCUGGUGUACACCAACAUGUUCGACGCCACCGUGGACGCGUUGGUGGCCGCGCUGGAGAAGGAGGGGUUCGGUGCCGUGCCCGUCGCGGUGACCGAGACCGGGUGGCCGACCGCGGGGCACCCGGCCGCGACCCCGCAGAACGCCGCGGCGUACAACGCCAAGAUCGUGGAGAGGGCGGCGCGCGGCGUCGGCACGCCCAAGCGGCCCGGCGUGCCCGUGGAGGUGUUCCUGUUCGACCUGUACGACGAGGACGGCAAGCCCGGCCCCGAGUUCGAGCGCCACUUCGGCAUCUUCAGGGCGGACGGCCGCAAGGCGUAUGACAUCAACUUUGCCUAG